AAAUAGAGGGAAAAGUAAAAGUGAAAGUAAGAGAGAAGAUUAAAGAGUUAUUUAAGGGUUACUUAGGAGAGUUCAUAUAAAAAUACGGACGUUACACGGUAAAUAUCGGACGUGGUUUAGUAGACCAUUUCUGUUCCCGCCAGAAACCCUCCUCCUCCUUCUCCCCUUCUCUUCCUCUUCUUCAAUUGCUAGAGGGUUAGGUCAGCGGUUCCACCCUAACGUUCAAAAAUGGAAUUUCCCGACUUAGAUGAGCUUCAAUGGCUAGAGGUCAACCAGCAGGAGGAGGAAGAAGAAUACUCGGUGGAACUGGAAGUCGAAGAAGACAAAUUCGAAAUUGAGGAUGCCCAUUAUGAAUCUGAAGAAGCACCUCCUUCUCCCCAUCGACAUUCCCAAUCUCGGAUUCAGAUUGCCUCCAAUGACAAGAAGCGUCCUCGAUCCCCACUGGAUACCGACUAUGAUGAGUGUGUUAGGGUUAGGGUUAGAACUGAAAUUGAAACGCCUGACGUCUCUAUUCAACUAGAGAAGCACGACAAUGGGAUAUAUUUGUCGCGCUUUGCCUCGGAAAUUGAUGGUAAUUGUGUGCCAAUCACUGCCCCCUCUGGAUCUGGUGAACGAGUCUAUGCCAAGCUCGACAGGCAUACAUUUUCAGUUGGCGAUGAUAAUGUUGUUAAGAAAUCCAAUAUGCCAGCCACAUCCAGCGGUCUUAUCUCAGAAUCAGUCUGUGUUCUGCUGCAAAACGCAGAGCAGGAUGCACUGUUGAAGGCUUUACAGUCUAGUUCUGAAGUCCAAGACACUUUAUCUCCAGAAUCUUCAGUUAUGACUGAAGAACUUUGGGUUAACAAAUAUGCUCCAAGAUCUUUUACUGAGCUUCUAAGUGACGAACAAACAAAUAGAGAGGUUCUCUCUUGGCUGAAACAAUGGGAUGCUGCAGUUUUUGGUAAUGGUAUUAGAAACACUGAAGAUGAGGUUUUAUCUGCACUGAGACGACAUUCUUCUCUUCCCCUCCAUCAGAAACAUUCUAGUGCUAGUUUUCCCGGGAAGAGUAGAGGACCUAAAUAUGCUGGAAAGUACACAGAGACUUCAUCUAAUUUUGAGCAAGAAAACAAUAGGCCUAAAGUUAUUGAUAAUGUGCAAAACACGAAGCAAAAUAGUUCAAGGACACCAGAUCAAAAGGUUCUUUUGCUUUGUGGACCCCCUGGACUAGGAAAGACCACUCUUGCUCACGUAGCUGCUAAACACUGUGGAUACCAUGUUGUGGAGAUAAAUGCUAGUGAUGACCGGUCAUCGACUACCAUUGAGGCGAAGAUCUUAGAUGCAGUGCAAAUGAACUCAGUCAUGGCUCAUUCUAAACCCAAGUGUUUGGUAAUUGAUGAAAUUGAUGGAGCACUAGGGGAUGGAAAGGGUGCAGUAGAGGUCAUUUUAAAAAUGGUUGCGGCAGAAAAGAAGUCUUAUGUUGGAAAUGAAGCCUCCAUCAAAGAGGAACGAUAUGAAAGGAAAUCGUUGAGUAGGGGGCGCAAAGUCGUGUCUCUGUCACGACCGAUAAUUUGCAUAUGCAAUGAUCUCUAUGCUCCUUCAUUAAGGUCUUUGCGACAUGUAGCAAAGGUUCAUGUAUUUUCUCAGCCAACUUUAAACCGUGUGGUAAAUAGGCUGAAGUACAUUUGUAGCAGGGAGGGAAUGAAGACAAGUUCCAUUGCAUUGACUGCACUUGCUGAAUGCACAGAAUGUGAUAUACGCUCGUGCUUGAACACAAUUCAGUUUCUUCACAAGAAAAAGGAAUCUCUGAAUCUGGUGGCAUUAAGCUCCCAAGUGAUUGGUCGAAAGGACAUGACAAGAAGUAUUUUUGAUGUAUGGAAAGAGGUAUUCCAAAAGAGGAAACCAAAGCAAAGCCGAGCAUGUGAUAUCAAUUCAAGAAAGUCAUAUGAUGCAAAUGAAUUUUUGUACUCUUUGGUUUCCUAUCGGAGCGAUAAUGAAUUAAUAUUUGAUGGAAUUCAUGAGAACUUUUUGCAGCUUCGUUAUCACGACCCAAUGCUCCAGAAGACGGUACAUUGCCUUGAUACUCUUGGUGUUUCUGACUUACUCCAUCAAUAUGUUCUACGUUCACAUAAUAUGUCUCUUUCUGUGUAUUAUCCUUCACUCACUAUCACAAUACAUCAGCUGCUGGCUCGUGUAGAAACACCUUCUAUUGAAUGGCCUAAAUCAUUUCAGAGGUAUCGCUCAUUGCUGAUGGAAAAGUUGGAAAGGUUAAGAUCUUGGCAAUCUAAAAUUGCACCAUGUAUUUCAAGGCAUGUAUCAGCGAAUUCUUUUGUCGAAGAUACUAUAUCUCCAUUACUGCAUAUUCUCUCUCCAGCUGAUGUUAGACCAGUUGCAGUGCAGUUACUAUCAGAUAAAGAGAAAACUGAUCUGGCUCAAUUAAUUGGCACUAUGGUGUUAUAUUCUCUAACAUAUAAGAACACAAAAUCAGAUUCAUCAGCAAAUAAAUCAGUGCAUGAUGGAUUACUGGAUGCCGUGUCAUUUUCUAUGGAUCCACCCAUAUCGGGUUUUGUGAAUUUCAAGGGUUACAAGCCUGGGCAUUAUGAAUUAGCGUCAGCUGUGAAGCAAUUACUCACAUAUGAGGUUGAAAAACAUAAGAUAGUCCAAGAAAGCAUAGCCAAAUCCAUGCAUUCAACUGAUAGCAUUAAACUGGAUAACAAUGCUGCAAGGGAUGGAGAAAAUGGUAGACCAAAAUCUUCCAAAAUGCAUGAGGCUCCGUGUGAUUAUAGCAAUGAAGGGAUAACAAUGAAUAAGUCACAGAAAGACUUCUGCAAACCUAAUAUUCAUAGAAGUACAUCACCCCUGGGUUUUGGUGGAAGUGCAGCUGAUGUGAAGAAGCCUUCCUUUGGUUCCUUUAACUUCUUUGACAGGUUUAAAAAAAUUGGCCACAAGAGUUGCCACAAUGUGGACAGUUUAGAAGAGAGGCUAGCAAACGCUGAGAGAGAUGGGCAUCAUCUUUUAUUCAAGUUCAACGAGGGCUUUACAAAUGCAGUAAAGAGGCCUGUGCGUAUUCGUGAAUUCUUACGAUGAUGGAGUUCAAUUUCAUUUGUUGGAUGCUGUUGUCACUUGGAUUCCUCAGUAUCUGGGUCAUAUAUUGCAUAAUUGGAUGCAUUUCACUUCGAAUGAGUCAAUUCAAAUCGACUUGUGUCUUAAAAAUGCCCGUUUUGCAAUGGAAGUUACAGUUUUAAUAUUUGUAUUGUUGUACCCAAUAAGAUUGGACUUUUUUUUUUUUUUUUUUUUUUGACGACAGCAACUUUACAUUUAAAUUCUGCUAACUUGUGUUUUUUUUUUACAUGUAUAAAACAAUUGAGAUUACAAACUCUAAAUAAAAUUCCAAAUACCAUUACAUUGGGACAAUUUUCCAAACUAA